AUGUUGCGCCGCACCCUGCGAAGGCUGCAGUACAACGCCCCUCUGUCGUACCCGUACGGCCCGCCAAACGCUGCGGGGGCCACCUACGACGUCUCAACCACCGCCACUGACGCCAGCAGCAGCAGCGGCGGUGGUCCCAACACGGGAGGGGGGCGGCUGCUCAUGCAGCGGAGCUCCCGUGUUUACCUCAACCCCGCCUCUUUUGUGAUGCCGGUGCCGCGCAACACGAUCCUUAACAUCGUUCCGCAGGGUCGCCAGUACGUCGUGGAGCGGCUGGGGCGCUACCACCGCACGCUAGACCCCGGCUGGUGGUUUGUGGUGCCGCUGCUGGACAGAAUCCGCUACUGCUACAGCGUGAAGGAGCAGGGGGUGGAGAUCCCGAAUCAGUCGGCUAUCACCUCCGACAACGUCAUGGUAGAGAUAGACGGUGUCCUCUUCCUGCGCAUCGUCGACGCGGCGAAGGCGAGCUACAACAUUGAGAACCCCGUCUACAACCUGCUGAACCUUGCCCAGACGACGAUGCGCAGCGAGAUCGGCCGCCUCGACCUUGACACACUUUUCCGCGAGCGCACGCAGCUCAAUAAGAACAUCGUCGAGGUGCUGCGCCGCGAGGCAAACGACUGGGGCAUCGAGUGCAAGCGGUACGAGAUACGCGAUAUCACCGUCAGUGAGCUCGUGCGGCGCUCCAUGGAUCUGCAGGCCGACGCGGAGCGGCGCAAGCGGCAGCUCAUCCUGCAGUCGGAGGGCGAGGCGCAGGCGGAGGUGAACCGCGCGGAGGGGCUCAAGCGGGCCCAACGCUGCGCCGCCGAGGCGCAGCGAUACACCGUCGUGCAGCGCGCAGAGGCGGAGGCGACGGCCACCAGCGUCAUGGCCGAGGCGGUCUCGAAGAGCGUCACGGUGGUCGCGGCGUCGCUGGAGAAGACCCCGCGCAGCAGCGACGCUGUCGCCCUGCGGGUGGCGGAGAAAUACAUUGAUAAGUUCGGCGAACUCGCCAAGGCGACCAACACGGUGGUCCUUGGGAAGAAUGUUGGAGACCCCGCGGAGUUCUCGGCGCAGGCCCUCUCCGUCUUUAACACUCUCAGCGCUGUCACAGGCGGUGGCAGCGGCGGAGUCACCACUUCCUCCGCGUCGUCUUCCGCAGGCACCGCGUAA